AUGGUCGGGUCACACAAGCCCCUCCGGCUCCCACCGCUCCAGACGCUGCGCGUCCACAACCCCAAGCGCCAGCCCGAGAACCCGUGCAUCGCCAUCAUGUCGAGCGUCCUCGCCUGCUGGGCCUCUGCCGGCUUCAACGCCACCGGAUGCGCCGCCGUCGAGAACCAGCUGCGCAGGUGCAUGGACGGUCCGCCGCCGCCCCCCGCGCCCACGAAUACAAUCAACUACCAUCUCUCCCGUAUGAAGCAGCACGUCACCAGCCCGCGGAAACACAAGUGA